CAUUCAUAUACCCUCUCAAUGUACCCAUCACAAUGCAAAUACUGUGACGUUGAUAACUUGAUAACAUGCGUUAAAGUUAGUACUCACACAGGAGGAGAGAGAAACUAUUUUAGAGAGAGAAAUACUGCAGUACUACCGGGGCAGUGGGAGACAAAAACCACAGAGUGAGAGAGUGACAUAUACGUGAAGGUGGUGCACACCUGAAGGUCUAUUUGUCUCCUCUAGUUAGGCUUCCCUUCCUUUUUUUUCCCCAUUUUUAGAGAGAGAUAGAGAGAUGGGUUCUAGGAAUGAUCUUGAAGCCCAAGGGUUGAGAGACAAGGUGGGAACAAAGGGAAAAUGCAAAAACGACGGCUCCACUGGUAAUAAUAGCCAAGGCGAGAAAGAUGAUCUGUAUAGGCAACUAUGGCAUACUUGUGCUGGACCACUGGUUAAUGUUCCGAGCGUAGGGGAUAAGGUUUUCUACUUCCCUCAAGGUCACAUUGAACAGGUUGAGGCAUACACAAGCCAGGAAGGGACAGUGGAGAUGCCUGUUUAUGAUUUACCUUCUAAGAUUCCAUGCAAGGUUGUCUAUGCCCAAUUACAGGCUGAAGCUCACACGGAUGAGGUGUAUGCACAAAUUACUUUGCUUACAGAGCAAGAAGGGAUAAGUUCAGAGAGCGGAUGUUAUUCUCAAUCUAUGUCCCAAAAGUUCAAUGCGUGCUGUUUUAGCAAGAGACUCACUCCAUCUGAUACGAGCACGCAUGGUGGAUUCUCUGUUCCUAAGCGACACGCUGACGAAUGCUUUCCUCCUUUGGACAUGUCUCAAGAACCACCUGCACAGGAACUGGUGGCAAAGGACUUGCAUGGGUCAGAAUGGCGAUUUCGCCACAUAUAUCGGGGGCAGCCAAGGCGACACUUGCUUACCAGCGGUUGGAGUUCAUUUGUGGGUGCAAAGAAGCUUGUCGCUGGGGAUGCCUGUAUAUUCCUGAGAGGAGAAAAUGGAGAACUUUUUGUUGGGGUCCGCCGUGCAACAAAAUCACAAGCAAGUACGUCAGCAUCUGUCCUAUCUGGUCACAGCAUGCAACAUGGCAUACUUGCCAGUGCCUUCCAUGCCAUGACUACUGGAACCAUGUUUACUGUUUAUUACCAUCCUUGGACAAGUCCUGUUGAAUUUAUUAUUCCUCAUGAUCAAUACAUGAAGUCAGCUGAAAUUGACUUUUCAAUUGGAACGAGAUUCAGAAUGCAGUUUGAAGGUGAAGAAUAUCCUGAACCUACGCCUUCCAGAAUUGCAGGUACUGUUGUUGGUAUUGAUAGUAUCGAUCCUAUCAGGUGGGAUGAUUCGGAGUGGAGAUGUCUUGAGGUGGAAUGGGAUGUCCUAUCCAUGACGUCAGCUCGCCCUCAAAGGGUUUCUCCUUGGAGCAUUGAACCUACUGUUGUGAAGAAGAAGAAGUUAGGUUCCCUUUUUCCCAAUCGUAAAAGGGCACGACCUUUGGACCAAUCUACUUCUGGAUUUCCCGUUUUUGGAGGGAAUGGCUUCUUGAAGAGUCCAGCGAAUUGUGUACAGAAAAGACAAUUUGGGGUCUUGCAAGGUCAAGAAAGCAGAGCCAUGGGUGCUUUUGAACUGGGUGCAUCAGGGCAGCAACUGCUGCUACCCCAACCAAAUCCUGUUCGGAUGCGUGACCCAUUUUCUCACUCUCAUGGCAGCACAAUAGCAAUUCCUGGUGGAAAUCCUCCUCAUCCAAUGAUUGCUAACUAUCAGCCUCCAACAUUUACCUCCUGUGGGGCCCACAACUGUACUGAAGCGAGUGGAAGCUUGUCUUUUCCAAAAGUCAGCUUUACCAGUUCAGCCUCACAGGAAUGCACAGCUCCUGAAGAGAAAGGUGAGAUUGGAGCUCCAAUGGGCCAACCAAAUGGCAAGUGCAUGCUUUUUGGAGUGAAUAUAUCUAGUAGUCCUAUGGCGCUCCCUUCAAAUCAAAUGCUUUCUUCACGAGAACUUUGUAGUCCUUGUCCUAGCCAGGUCUCCGAGCCAUCUAAGGGUAUUUCUGGCAACAAUCCAUAUAAACAAUGCAGGAACUGUUGUCCCAGUGCUAACCGAAGCUGUACAAAGGUGCUGAAGUAUGGAACUACUCUUGGAAGAUCAGUUGACCUGGCACGUUUUGAUGGUUAUGGUGAACUCAUUCGUGAGCUUGACCAGAUGUUUGAGUUCAAAGGGACAUUGAUCGAUGGGAGCAGUGGUUGGUACGUAACCUACAUAGAUGGUGAAGGGGACAUGAUGCUGAUUGGAGAUUACCCUUGGCCGGAAUUCCGGACCAUGGUAUGCAAGAUGUUUGUCUGUCCAAAGGAAGAUGUUGAUAAGUUGGAUAUGGGCUCAUCGAACCCGCCAUCAUCUUAAAUUCUACCUUUUACUUAUGGUUACAGAAAUUACUUAUACUGUAUAUGUCUAUAUGUAGAGCCCUUUUAGGCAGAGCGGGAAGUGUUAACAGAGGAGGUUUACAUACACAGAAAUAUACAUAUAGGCAUAUACAGUAGUUUAUAUGUAAUUUCUGUAACCAUAAGGUCUUCAUGGAAUAGGAUGACUUCCAUAAUGACCUGGCAGUACUUUGUAACUAUAAAAACCUAAUAGUGGUACAACUUGCUAUCAAUGAAACUCUAUGUUCUGUUAUGUUAGUUUCAUGCCUUGUCAUCAACGUUAUAGCACAGCGUGACAUUU